GAGUGGGCGUGGUUUGCUGGGGUGUUUAAUAAAGGCAGGCUGAGAAAACGAAAAAUGAAAGUAGUGCAGAAUGGCGUCCGCCUGCGAACCUGAUGAUGAAAACUCUAGAGAAAGUGAUCUGGAUUCUUCUGAUGAGUCUGACAGCGACCAAGAUUCAGACUCCGUGGAUGACUGUCAGGAUUACGGGAAGCAGCCCUGCAAGUAUUACAACAGAGGUGGCUGUAAGAAUGGGAGGAACUGCCCCUACCCGCACGUCUGCAAGUAUUAUGUGUCAGGAAGCUGCAAAUAUGGAUCCAGCUGUAAACGAAGUCACAGUUCAGGUGGAAGAGCAUCAUCUGGAGGAAGCAGCAGGUUUCAGGACCAAUCAGCCAACCCAAAGCUGACCAAUGGUAAGCUCUACCAGUGGCAGCUGAAUGAUGGCCGCGGCUGGAGGGACGUUAAAAACGAUCACGUCAUUGAGGCUCAGUACUCGCUGCCACACACCAAAAGCAUCAAAAUCUACAACACAGCUUAUGGGGCAUUGAGCAUCGAUUUCUCCAGGAUGAGAGUUUAUGGAAAAAAUCUGAAAGUGAGGCGUUUGGAUGACGGGAACACCAUUUGGCUCUGGUACUGCACUCUGCAUCGUAAGUGGAUGAAGUAUGGAGACAAGGAUUCAAAGGGAAACUCUGGUCCCGUGAAAAGUGUCGACAUUGAGACGAGUUUCCAGAGAAACCCUGCAAGCUCCCAUAGUUUCAGCAUUGGAGCAGAAACCUAUGAGAUUAGGUUCCCAGAAAUGCGACAGGUGGGUACAACGAAAAAGAGGAAAGUGACGCGGCGACCCCAGUUUAGACAACAAGGAGUGAUUGGAUCUGCUCAUCUAGUCCCAGCUAUGGCGGGUCUGACGCUGAGCCACACACCAAAGUGGGAAUUUGAGGGAAAUAGUGGAUCGUGGCACGAGUUCAAACCCAGACCUGAGUGCUCAGUAACCAGUGAUGACAUUGAGAGGAAAUACCAGCAAAACACCUCCGACAGCAUGGCCUUCACAGUGAACGGACAGUCCUACAAACUGGACUUCAAAGCAAUGAUCCAGAUCAACCUCACAACCAUGAGUUCUCGUAAGAUCCGACGUGUGUGACAGAAUACUGCAGUCUUCUAACUUGCAGCUUUUAUUUUGAAAGCUGGUGCUUUUAUUGUUGCAUUGAAAUGUUCUCGGACAGAGCCAUGAUGGGAAAUUUUAUUUUAUGUUUACAUUUUGAAGCGCAUGAGCAACUUCAGUGAGGUGCACCAUAACAUGCAUAAACGCAUGUCCUUUACACGAAUCACAGACUCUUUGUCUUUUGUGGAAUUGAUGUUGGAAUCACCGAUUUUAUCAAAUGAAGACGUUUUAAUUUCACUUUUUAUUUACUUCAUGUUAGACACCUAUCUCUUAUUGACUAAAGGGCUGGGAUGGAUUUUUGUGAAACUAACAAAUGUUUAUGAAUUCAGUAGAAUGGUUAAAAGGUUAUUGGUAACUAAUUUAAUGUGCCAAGUAUUCUCUACCUGCCACCAUGUGUGUACCAGUUGGUGCCAAAUAAACAUAAAAAAUAGUAAUAA